AUGAAACUCAUGUUUAUUUUGUUUGUGUUUGUCACAAGAGAUGUUUUCGGUCAAGGCAGUUGGUCCUUCGUAGGUAAUCCGUUAUUACAUGCACAUCCUUGCAGGAACGUCAAUGAUAUUCUUAUUUCAUAUGAAACUGGACUACCAAAAGGAAGGGAAAAUGUAUACAGUGUGUAUAUCGACAAAAAAUUACCAGCUUUUUCGGAAAUCGAUUUGAAAAUGGACACCGAUGCUAUUAUAAAAUUUAUCGAUCCAUCCAAAGGAAGAGUGAAUGUUAUAAGCCCGGAUACGUUUAACUUGAGAAUUUUCAAUGAAACUGAUUCAUUAGAAUUUUCUGUCAAAGGGCCGAUUUCAGGCGCAGUUCCAUAUAUCGAUAGUCUAAAGAUUAACGCAAUGGAGUAUUGCGACAAACCUCGUAAGGAUUAUUUAAAUAAUUUUAUUGAAAGAAAAGAAACCAUAGUGGAAACGUCUGCAGUAGUAGAAGAUGCAGCAGUAGACGAUUCCUGUGGAAGAAGAAAAAUAACGCAUACUGAACUUAUUGUGGCAGGAGCAAAUACCAAGGCCGGCGAUUGGCCAUGGCACGUGGCCAUAUAUAGAUUGCACAGAGCUGAUAUAAAAUACAUCUGUGGAGGAACAUUGCUGUCUAAAAAUUACGUAUUAACUGCUGCUCAUUGCGCUACGAUUAGAGGUGAAGCUGUGAUUCCGGAUAUUCUGAAUGUAGUUUUAGGUAAAUAUAAUCUUGUGGGGGGAAGCAUAGCGGUACAAGAGAAAGAAGUAUUUAAAGUUAUUGUACAUGAGAACUUUAACUACAAAAUCCGAUUGGACAAUGAUAUUGCGUUACUUAAAUUAAGAACUGAAGUAACCUUUACCGAUUACGUUCAACCUGCUUGUAUGUGGACUGAAAAAGCAAUAGAAAAAAUACCCACGAAGGAAAUCAUUGGAACGGUAGUAGGUUGGGGAUUCGACCAAUCUGACGAUCUAUCGCCUGAGCUCCGACAAGCAACUAUGCCAAUCAUAUCUGAGAACGCUUGUUACAAAAGCAAUCCGUUAUUCUACACAAAUAUUUUGACCGAAAACAAAUUUUGUGCAGGUUUGAAAAAUGGGACAUCAGCCUGCAAUGGCGAUAGUGGUGGUGGCUUUUUUGUUUUUGUGCCCGACAUUUCACACGACACGCGUCCAAACGCUCCAGGUGCUUGGUACCUUAAGGGUAUAGUGUCACUAACCGUCUCCAGAAGGGAUGUGCCACUUUGUGAUCCAACUCAAUAUGUAGUUUUCACUGACGUUUCAAGAUAUACAGAAUGGAUAGACAAAAAAAUAAAUUAA